GGCUUCGUCAGUGGAUCUCCAACAUUCGUGGUGAUCAGUUCGGACUCGGUUUUACGUAGAAGUCGUCGUUGUCGUUUUCAGCCGCGUUUUUGAGCGCUUGCAUCGCUCCUGGCGAUUUGAAACUGGUGGUGAAAGAAGUACUGUGAAGCUGAAAGUUUGUUUUAGGUGCGUGUAGAAGUGAAGAGACGGAAAACGGAGGGUUGGAACUAGUUGAUUGGCAGUGCUUGAACAACUACUGAAAUUGUUUGCACGGAAAGGAGCUUUGACGCUGAACAACACACGUAAAUAAGCCGUAAGCAAUAGUAACCGACUGAAGGAUUACGGUGAAUUGCUAAUUAAAAAGGUUCACCCGCUGGAGGCCCAGCAUGGAGGCCCAGACGGCACUGGUGCUGACGAUCCAGCUGAUAGCGCUGUUCUCGAUUGCCGGCGCACUGCUCCUGUACCUGCUGUGUAAGGUUCGUGCAACCCGCGAUGAUGGCCAUGGUCCGCAGAGGGGUUCGAUUCUGGUGACAUGCGCCGACACCGCACUCGGACUGCAGAUCUGCACCUUCUUCGCCAGCAAGGGCCACCGGGUGUUUGCAGGCAUGAAAGACCCCGUGGAGUCCUUACCGGCUAAACUGCUGAAAGGCUGGAUGAAAAUGCGUGAAAACUCGGACACUCCCGUUGCCGGAUCGGUCGUUCCGUUGCGUAUGGACGUAACCCGAGAGGACAUUCUUCGGGAAGCUGCCGAAGCCAUGGGAAUCCACCUGAAUGCCGGCGAACGAGGUAUCCUGGCCGUAAUCAACACCGCAGGUUCGGUGUACCGUGGACGCAUCGAUUCGCAGGAUUCGCUCCAGUGGGAAAACAUGUUCAAGAACAACGUGAUGGGAUGUCUGAGGACGGCUCGAGCAUUUAUUGGACUGUUGCGCCCUACCCGUGGUCGAUUGAUUCUUCUGGGCUCGGGUAACGAAGAUGACGGAUUGACCGUUUUCACCGCAACACGAAAUGCCGUUCAGGGCUGCGCCGAUGCACUACGAAAGGAACUGAGACCGUACGGAGUCAACGUGGUGACGCUGGACUCGCGUGGAGUCCCUGCCGAAGCUCUGUUCAAGGCACCGAUACCAUACACAAUCUCCGACGAGGAAGGCGUCCCCACUCAGUACAGUGCCGAAGUGCUGACCAGUUCCGCCCUAGGGGUCAUCGAGCGGGCCCUCUACGAUACCCGACCAAGCGAAACCUACUGCCUGUCUGUGCCAAACCCGAAAUUCCAAGUGAAGCUUCCCUGUCGAUCGUCGUUCAAGAUAACCGGAGUGGGCAGCGGCAACAGUUGCAAGCAGGAACCGAAGCAGAUACAGAACGUUUGAGUCGCUUCGCAUCGCCCGAAUCCUCCGUACGCCAAUAACCUUUAAGUUGCUCACGUUCUGUAACGCUGCUUGUUGGGCGUCGCUUCUGCCUGUUUCAGACGCAGUGUCGAAUGUGUCGAAAGCCAGAGUCAGAGAUUUCAAAUUGUGCCUUUUUUAUAUAUUUCCCGUUGUUUUCCUAAGCGAUGAAUCAGAAUACCGGAACCGGACGCUUAUUUUUCGAGUGAAAGGUUUUUCUGAAUAUGUAUUUACAAAAAAAAUCGAAACAGAAGAAAAUGUGGAAUACAACGAACAACUUCAACACUCGUUUUUCGUCCAGUGUGUGUCUGUACGCUCUUUUAGUGAGUGGUAACGCAAAGUUGGAGGGACGGCUUCUUGUAAAGUUUUGUUUUUAGUCUUACUGAUUAUCUUUUAUGUAUAAUAAAAAUGUCGGAAAUAAAACGAAUACGAUUUCUACUUAAUAA